AUGUCUACCUUGGCAGCAGUUAGCGUGGCGAGCUUCGUCUCCGCCAAGCUCGGUUAUGAUGAGAAAAAUCGGCACAACUACGCGACAUGGAGCGAGCAGAUGCUGUGCCUUCUCAAAAGCCAGGACUUGAUGGAAUUUAUCGAUGAGACACCUCCCCCACCGGAAAACCGCGAGGACGCGUGGAGGCGGACCGAUUGGUUGAUCAAGGGCUGGAUACUAGGCGCGCUCACCGAUGAUGUUAUUGAAGCUGUUGUUAAUUUGCCUAGCGCAAGUGCCGUGUGGAUGAAGCUCAAAGACGACUUUUCUGAAACCCGGUCACCUCUACCUUCGCCUUCGCCUUCGCCUUCACCUUCGCCUCCUUGCGCCGCUGUCUCAUAUAAAGGAAAAAGGUGGCGUGAGGACACGGCAUUGUAUAGAAGUGCACUAAGAGGUGAUUGGGAGACGGCUAAAAAAAUUGUGCAUGAAGACCCCAGUGCCAUCAAACAGGAACUGGGAUACAGUUCAGAAACAGCCAUCCACGUCGCCGCCACCCCUUAA